GGGAUAGUACCUUGGUGACCCGGCGGAGGGUUUCCUGUGCCGGCAAUCAUCAUGGAUGACUAUCCCAUCCAGGGUCUGUUGGCCCUUUCUGUCUUGUUGGGGCCGCUGAUCUGGCUUAUGUUCCCACUGGGGUUCGGGCGUGUGUGCACGUCCCGCAUGCUGAUGCGGUCUGGAACAGUGAAGCCUGGCCCCACACCUGCGGAACAAGCAGAAAUAGACCGCAGGCUGGCAGAAAAGAAAAAGGAGAAAGAAGCAAAGAAAAAACAGAGAGAAGAAGAAGCAAGAAAGAAAAUGAAAGAGAAGAUGGAUAAAGAACUGGAGGAGGAGUUGAAGAGUAUAGAAGAAGAAGAAGAAGAAGAAGAAGAAGAAGAACAGGAAGAAGGAGAAGUUCUGGAAAGACAUCGUCGCCAAGACAUACCUGAAAGCAGCACAACGACCCGCCUUCCCGUUGAACCAUUGGACUGGGGUAGCCGGUACUACUACUCCAGCGAGCCAUUGAAAGAGACUGAUGAAGAACGAGAUACGUUCAUAGCCAAGUUCGCCACUGUCACAGAUGCUGUUGAACGAAAUCUGAUGCUGGAAGAGAAAAGGUUUGAACUAAAUCGCAGGCUGUUGGCCGCUAGGCGGCAAGAAGUAGAAGAGAAAAAGAAGUUGCAUGCGGAGGGGGAGAAAUUGCAGAAAGCUCUAGAAGCGCAAAAGGAAAGUCCCUCUGAAACCGAAGCACAACUUGCACUCCUCAGGGAGACAGUCCUCAACACAAGGCAAGAUAUGAAGUUAAUGCAUCAGACUCUACAAAGGGUUGAAGCACAUCGAGUUGAAUUCGAAAACGUCUGCAAUAACUUUGUGGAAAAGUCAGCCAAGGAUGUUGACCAACAUGUGCAAACUUACAUCCAGACUUUGGACGAACAUAUUAAUAAAGUCUUCACUCCUGAAGUUAUAGAGAAGAUCAUGAAAGGAGGCGGAGGACGCGAAGACGAUGGUGAUGACGACGAUGAUGGUGACAAGAAAGGGAAUAGGAAGAUUGGGGAUCCAAAGGAAAAACUUCUUCAGGAGACCGGGCAAGUUAACAAGAUAAAGCUUAAGCUGCCGUGGACCUACAAUGGAAAGAAAGAUGAAAGUGUAUUGCACUGGGCGGCGGCGAUUGAAACUUACGUGUACGGGCAGCACAUUCCUUAUUGGGACAGGGUAUUGAUGGCAACUUUGUGCAUGGGAAGCGAUGCCAUGAGCUUCGCCAUCUCGCUGCAAAAAGAAGCGGGAUGCAGCUCCAUGGUAGAGUAUUCGCAGCAAACACGAAUCGAAGAUUUUCUUAAGUUAAUAAAAGAAAAAUUUGAGGACAAAAACUUGGCAAGACGUACAAAAAUGUUGAUCCUCAGCCUUCCUGACAGGAAAUGGAAAAGUACCUCUGCGCUAAAGGCAACUAUGGAUGAACUAUUGCAAUGCCCUGAUCACGGAUUGACACCGGCCCAAAUCUUAAACAGCUUGGCACGAGCGCUCACGGAUCCCCUAAGAACACAACUCUACCCCCGUACCAAGGAAGAGGGGAUGACAUAUGAGAAGUUCGGCAAGAUUGCCAUAGAUCAUGUCGGCUUCCUCGCUGAAGCAAAUUACUGCCAUUACUGGAAAGAUCUGCAAGCGGGUAAAAGAUGGCAAAACCGCACGAUCUCAGGGUCCAUACCUUCGGAAAGACAGUCUCCUUCUAACCUUUGAGGAAGGAGGCGUCGAGACCAUCUCCUGGGAUCAGAUAGACUAUGGUCUCGAUGAACCCAACAGACCGGUAGCUCAGGAGGGGAGUUACGCGGUUGUUGUAGC